AUGCACUGCAUAUAUAGAGAUAUUGAGGCUAUUCAUACUUCUCCCAACACUGGCAACCGCAUUCGAGAACAAAUGAAACCCGCCGCAACCCAUCCGAGUGCACCCAUUCGCUCAAGUAUGCCCGUCGGGAAAUAUAUCGGUCAUAGGGCUACAAUGAUGAAGCUUCCCAAACGGAGGAGAUCCAGGGGCUCCAACAGCGGUCCAUCAUAUUACCGGCGGAAGAUCUCUCGCCACAUCAACGCCAGCACCAGGAUGCCACACCACAGACAUGCAGGGAAUAAUGAACAUGCCCUUCGCAAUCCAGCCAAAACCGACAAGCUUGUUUUAGCCGUCGUGAAGUUUAUUGCGAGACGUCCCGCCUCCGGGUUGGGUGUGCUCGAGAAGAGGUAUGCUGCCCAAAUACCAGUCCCGCGGGUGGAUACAGUGGCAGUACUGAACAGUGUGCAGGAUGUCCUGGACAUCAAAGGGCUUUCUGAGGCGAGAGAAAAUGAAUGACCUACCAUGCUAUAGGUUUUAGCUGGCCAUCUCUGGGUUUCGGCUUCUUCGUCAAGGUAUAUAUAUACAUAUACACAUAAAUGUUUCACAUUGUCUUCUGAGCGUCUUGAAAGUUUGUACUACCAAAAAGGGAAACAUAAAAACGUUCGGUUCUAUGUGUCCUUCAAUUUUUUGCGCUCGAACACUAUUGCUCCGACUCGAUUAGGGAGGACCUAAUCCCGCUGUAUUUCCUUCCAUAUUGUACUAGGGUGCCUACGCUCUCUAAAACGAAAGCUGCGUACUGUGGCUCAUGCCUUCAUUUUCAUUUUUUCUUAAAAAAUAAUUGGUCAACGAUUUACCCAGGGAAUGAGACGCGAGGAAGGAUUCAUAGGUUGUUGAAGUCCCAAGCAUCAUUCCGGGCAAAUGAGUGGAGAUAAAGAUAGACGCGUUUUCUUUGCCCGUUGGGAGCGCAUCACAAGCUGUCCUGACUCGAUAAACAUAUUGUCUCAGGAUGUCAUAAAGGAACUUUGAGCAGAAAGCAUUGUCAGG